GAAGCGGCAGCCCGAGCCGCGGCGGAGUGAAUGCGUUGUCAUAGUAACUGACAGAGGCAGGCAGCAGGCCGGCCCCAGCCGCCUCAGCUCCUCGGUGUGUGGGUGAGAGCAGGGAGCCGCCGCCAGCGCCGGGCAGACAGAGGCCGGGGGAGCGGAGCGGGGAGCGCCGGGAUGGAGGACGGAUUCUCCAGCUACAGCAGCCUCUAUGACACGUCCUCGCUGCUCCAGUUCUGCAACGAUGACAGUGCCUCUGCUGCAAGCAGUAUGGAGGUAACAGACCGCAUUGCUUCUCUGGAGCAGCGUGUCCAGAUGCAGGAAGAUGACAUCCAGCUGCUCAAAUCUGCCCUGGCUGAUGUGGUUCGACGUUUGAAUAUUACAGAGGAACAGCAGGCCAUGCAGAACAAGAAAGGACCUACCAAAGCUAGACCCUUGGUACAAACACUGCCUUUAAGGACAACUGUUAAUAAUGGAACCGUGUUACCAAAGAAACCAAGUGGCUCUCUACCUUCCCCAUCAGGAACCAGGAAGGAAACUGUGGCACCAGCCACAAAGAGUACUGUCAAAAGAACCAGCUCAGCUGAACGUGUAUCCCCAGGAGGUCGAAGGGAAAGCUAUGGAGAUUCCAAAGGCAGCCGCAAUCGCACUGGAUCCACCAGCAGUUCUUCUAGUGGUAAAAAGAACAAUGAGAACAAACCCAAGGAACCAAUGUUCAGUGCAGAAGAAGGAUAUGUAAAAAUGUUUCUGCGUGGACGUCCUGUUACCAUGUACAUGCCCAAAGAUCAAGUGGAAUCUUACAAUUUGGAAGCAAAAGUAGAACUACCAGCCAAGAGGCUUAAACUGGAAUGGGUCUAUGGGUAUAGGGGUCGGGACUGUCGCAGUAACCUAUACCUACUUCCAACGGGUGAAACUGUGUAUUUCAUUGCAUCAGUAGUUGUGUUAUACAAUGUUGAAGAACAACUUCAGAGACAUUACACUGGUCACAAUGAUGAUGUGAAGUGCCUAGCUGUCCAUCCUGACCGGAUCACCAUAGCAACAGGUCAGGUUGCAGGUACCUCUAAGGAUGGAAAACAAUUACCACCCCAUGUACGUGUUUGGGACUCUGUUACUUUGAAUACACUGCAUAUCAUUGGGAUGGGCUUUUUUGACCGUGCUGUCACCUGCAUUGCUUUUUCUAAGUCUAAUGGAGGAAGUAACCUUUGUUCGGUGGAUGAUUCAAAUGACCAUGUGCUUUCUGUAUGGGACUGGCAGAAGGAAGAGAGGCUGGCAGAUGUCAAGUGUUCUAAUGAGGCGGUAUUUGCAGCAGAUUUUCAUCCUACAGACACAAAUAUAAUAGUUACUUGUGGAAAAUCACACCUUUACUUUUGGACAUUAGACGGGAACUCCCUUAUUAAAAAGCAAGGAUUAUUUGAGAAACAAGAGAAGCCAAAGUUUGUCCUGUGUGUGACCUUUUCUGAAAAUGGUGAUACAAUUACAGGAGACUCAAGUGGAAACAUCUUAGUCUGGGGGAAAGGUACAAAUAGAAUAAGCUAUGCACUUCAAGGAGCCCAUGAGGGUGGUAUUUUUGCACUUUGUAUGCUGCGAGAUGGUACACUGGUAUCAGGAGGUGGAAAAGACAGAAAAUUAAUAUCUUGGAAUGGGAAUUAUCAAAAACUUCACAAGACUGAGAUUCCAGAGCAGUUUGGUCCGAUAAGAACAGUAGCAGAAGGGAAAGGUGAUGUUGUAUUGAUAGGCACUACUAGGAACUUUGUUCUGCAAGGCACUCUAUCAGGAGACUUUUUUCCAAUUACCCAGGGUCACACUGAUGAGCUAUGGGGACUAGCCAUCCAUCCCUCUAAACCUCAGUUUUUCACUUGUGGACAUGACAAACACAUUACCCUCUGGGAUGCUACCAGUCAUCGUCCUGUCUGGAACAAAAUUAUAGAGGAUCCAGCACAGUCUUCUGGUUUUCAUCCUUCAGGGUCUGUUGUUGCAAUAGGAACACUAACUGGAAGGUGGUUUGUGUUUGACACAGAAACAAAAGAUUUGGUCACUGUACACACAGAUGGAAAUGAACAGCUGUCUGUAAUGCGUUAUUCACCAGAUGGAAACUUCUUGGCGAUAGGUUCCCAUGACAACUGUAUCUAUAUAUAUGGUGUUAAUGAAAAUGGGAGAAAAUAUAGUAGAAUUGGCAAAUGCUCAGGUCAUUCCAGCUUCAUUACUCACUUGGACUGGUCUGUUAAUUCACAGUACCUUGUGUCCAAUUCAGGGGACUAUGAAAUCUUAUACUGGAUCCCCUCUACUUGUAAACAAGUAGUGAGUGUUGAGGCAACUAGAGAUAUAGAAUGGGUUACUUACACCUGUACUUUAGGAUUCCAUGUUUUUGGUGUAUGGCCAGAAGGUUCAGAUGGAACAGACAUCAAUGCUGUCUGUCGAUCACAUGAGAGAAAACUGCUAUCAACAGGGGAUGAUUUUGGCAAAGUACAUCUCUUCUCUUAUCCGUGUUCACAAUUUAGGGCUCCAAGCCAUGUGUAUGGUGGACAUAGUAGUCAUGUAACUAAUGUAGAUUUUCUGUGUGAAGACACCCAUCUCAUCUCCACAGGUGGAAAAGAUACAAGUAUUAUGCAGUGGCGAGUCAUUUAGAGGAAACAUCGGUGUGAACACACACAGUCAUGAGAUGACCAUGCACAGAAGUUCUGUACAAACUGUAUAUUUAAAACUUAAACAGUACAUUUGCAGUUUAGCCUGGUCACUGUGAUUCUGUUUAAAAAUUCUUACAGACCUCAGGAAAAUUAAGCCCUGUGCUGGUUAUCUUACUCAGUUUAGUGAUUCAUUAGGUAUCACUCCUAAAGAAUGAGCUAUAUUUUUCUUUUGUUGUACAAUAUAUGCAGCAGUACAAGUUUAAUAUAAAAAAAUGUGGCUUGAAAGUUUUCAAUACAGUGAUAUCAGCGGAACUGGUGACUAUCUUAACUGUUUUCUACAAACUCUACUAAAAUGGUCACAAAAAUGCCUUUCAGAAUACUGUAUAUACAUGCUUAAUUGUCUCACUGUCUACACUUUGUACUGUAUAUCUACCUAUUUAGAAAAAUCUAUGGCAACAUUGAGGUUUCUGAUGGAUGGUGAUGAAUUCAUACUAAAGGAAUAACCCAAGCUAGAAGACACAGAAUAAUUAACAUGUUACAUAUGAAAAUGUGAAUGUUAGAAUUCAGUAAUUUGCAUUUUCUUGCGAAUAACAAAUCUUUAAAUUCCACCACUGAGGAACUACAUUCUCUUUCAAAUCAGCAGGUUAUACUCCAGUUUAACUUGAAUAUCUCAAAAGGGUUUAAAGAUGUUUAUCUAGUUCAGGUAUUCAGUGUAAGCUUAAAUUAAAAAAAUCUUUUUGACUUGUACAUGAACAACUGCUUAUCAAAAACAAAAAGCAAAACUUGACCACAUCCCCACUAUUGGUUAAUAUAUUUAACUAAUAUGUAUAUUAAUCAGCAUGAUGCUAUAUUGUACAUGUAUAAGAUUUUAGCAGUUCAUUAUAAAUGGUAAGGCAAUCUAGGCUUUACUUUUUUAUGCUUAUGGAUAUUGUAUAUUUGUAUUUUAAGACCAAGUAGACCAAGUCUAAAGAUAUCUUUUAAAAUGUACCAUAAACCUGCAGAGGGAAAAGGAAGCAUUGGAAGCCUACAUGAAAUAUUAAUGUGUAACUUCUGACCCCUGUGUUUUGUGCAUGGAUGGAUAUUUAUAGUAUGACAUAAGAUUGUGUUUUGCAAUGAAGUAAUAGUGGAGGUGGUAUAAAAUGGUUAAGAAGGCCUUAUCAAUUUUGAUUGUGAAACAGAUUGAAAUUUAUUGUUUACCUUGAGGAAUGUAUCUAAAGAAUUUAAAAGAGCAGAAUAAUAAGCAGACUCUGAAAAGUUAAUAUUAAAGCUUUGCUUGUAAUGAACAGUAAACAUUUUAAUUCUCUGAACUCUAAAACACUGGUUGUUUGUUUAGAGUGGUUAAAUGAAAUGGAAUCAAUGAAUUUUGAAACCUUUUUUAUUACAUUGCCACCUGCUAUACUGAAAGUGCAGGACAAUAAUAAAUCAUGUAUUAAAGUGCUUUGUUUUGAUGUAUCCUUCCUGUGCAAUUUAACAUAAAUUCAUUUCUAUAUUAAAGCUUUA